AUGCACCGCGCCGAUCUUUUAACCAUCGAGAGUACAUCUGCUUCCAAGCCGAGUUUGCUUUCGUCAUUCUGGUCAAUCAACGUGCAAGUUCAGAACAAUGAACAUCUUGAGUUGGACAAUAAGGGCUGCUCUCAACUUUCGCUUCCUGAAGUAACCAACAAUGAGAUUCAGGACCCUCCAAAACUAAUUCGAAGUCUUUCGGUGAAUGACAUCAAUGCUCAAUAUGAGCCUCCACAAUCAAGACAAUCGACAAUUCAAUUGCCAACACAAGCCAAAGAAAAUCCAUCGUGCCGAAUUGCCAACUGGCUCACUAAUCUUAACAUUAAUAAGUAA